AAUACGGAUAUAUUCACAGGCACAGCACGUUUAUGUGCAUUAUUUUGAUAUUUGUGACAUUAUGUUUCUGAAUUCGCACCGGCUAAUAAUGAACUACAGACAAAACAAUUGAAAUUAUUUUAGCCGCAAUCGAGAUCUUCACAUAAACAUAACGUCUAGUGAUCCCAAAGAUCAAAAGGGUAUUUAGAGCAAGUAAAAAGGUACCCGAUAAACUAACCACAAGGUUCUACGAUUAAAUAAAUGUAAAUUUAACAAUCUUGCAGUGUCCGCAAGUUGCCGAAAGCGCGUGUUUAAAAAAUAGAAGGACGAAACCACUUGAGGUAACUCGGAACUGACAACCGUUACAAUAAACUAAAUAAAAAAUAGAAUCGCCGAUUCGUGGUUUUAAUUUCGUUUUUCAGUUUUCAAUUGUGAUUGUUUUUUUUUUUGUGUCUUCGUGAUUUGUUAUUAAUGGUUAUGUUGUUGAAAAUGUUGGCCAUCGGUGUUUAGAAUACUGCUUUGUUUUGGUGUGUCCCUGCGUUUAUCAUGGUGGUCACAGUGUGGAAAAACAGAUAUUCCUUGAAGGGAAUUAAAUUUCCUUCGUUGGUGAGACGAAUUAAAGAUGGGACAGCUGUUGUAGGCGACUUAGCCAGACUUCAAUAUGAGUGCAGAACAGAAGAUGCCGAUUUUCAAAAAAUAAAGAAAGGUUUCAAGAUGGUAACUGGCGAAAAGUUACCUCGGAUUCUUAGAAUGGCAGAAAAGGAGUUAGACGUGUCAUCAGCUAGGCUGGCUCUGCAUCACGCCAUUAUAUAUGCCAAUGAAGUUACUCAAGCAAAGGUGCAGUCUCUGAACGAACCUCAGGAUAAUACAACUAGUUCUCGUAAGCGGGCCACAGAAGACCACGAAGAGCAUACAGAACCCAAGAGGAGGUUGUUGGAUGAGGUGGAAAAGUUGGAAAUUGCUAGUAUCGAUCGACGAAAAACUAAAGCCGACAUGUCCUUUCAAACAGAUUACUCAUCCGGUGCUUAUGAUAAUAAAGAUAAUGAAUGUAAUUCACUAUUCACAGACAGCGAACAGCCAAGUACAAUCCCACGAACUAACGAUAGCUCACAUAUAAAUAUAGUAUUGUCUGGUAAGACCGGAGCUGGCAAAAGCUAUACUGGCAAUUACUUGAUAGGAAAACCAGUGUUUCAGUCCAAACAAAGUCCUAAUUCUAUCACUUCUAAAUGCGAAACUGCGACAAGGGAACUAGGUGAUGGAAAAACAAUUAAAGUCAUUGACACGCCGGGAUUGUUUGAUACCCGGCAUACUAUUGCGGAAACAUUAAAAGAACUUUAUUCUUUAUUUUGUAUAUCAACACCAGGCCCGCACGUGUUUCUCUACGUUAUGAGCCUAGAUGCUAGGAUUACUGAGGAAUGUAAAUGUGCCUUUAAACUUUUUAAGGAAACAUUUGGUCAAAAUAUCACCAAUCACCUUAUUUUAGUCUUAAAUCGAAUAUCUAACGAUCCGAACUCAAUAUCAAUGAUAAAAGAAUCAGAAUUUUUGAUGGACACCAUUAAACAAUGCAAUAGUAGAUAUAUAUGUUUGGACUAUGUUGACACGCUGCGUGAUACAGAUUGUAAUGGAAAUUUUCUUGAUCUGAUCCUUAAAACUGUAAGCGACAAUGCCGGAAGUCAUUAUACAAGUGAUAUGUAUAGCAGAGUUGUAGAACCGUAUAAUGAUAAACUGAAACUAGAGGAAGAUAUUCGAAAACUAACACAGCAAGUUCAAGCGUUGACUGGUUUACUUGAAAAACAGGAAUUAGGGAACAAAAAAACAGAUUGUGUGGAAAAGGGACGAAUGUCGGAUGCCCAAUAUACGAAAAUUCAGACGAAUUACACGGCUUUAUUGGAAGAAAUAGCAAAACCCCUUGAUCUUUGCAUAGAAUUAUAUAGCACCUGUGUUUUUGACGAAAACGACAAAAUUAAAAUAGAGUCCGAAAAAGUUCCCAAGAAACAGACCGAUAAACUGUUAAUGACCUUAGUGAAUCGUGGUCAGAGCGCCUUUGAUAAAUUUUUACAGGCACUUACUGCUACAGGCCACGACCAGGCAAGAAACAUACUAGAACAAGAUGAACGUCAAGAUGCUCCAGCUGUCAAAGAUAAAAGGUAUUUUGUUAUUGAAAUAAAGUUUCCAGAACUAAAGUACAAGUCAGGAUAUAAUGAUCCUAGUAGCGACAAAUAUAAAAAAUUGAAAGAUCAACUAGAACGAGUAUUUAGAGAGAAUGGACAUGACGCAGCCAAAAUAAGUUUCAGAGAUGGGUCCGUUAUUGUAACUUUUGUUUUUGUUACUACUGCAACCACAGAUGUAGACAAUUUAUUAGCAAUCUUACACAAGGUUCUGACGUCUGGAUAUUUAGGCCAAUACAAAGUAUCGAAAGAUUAUUUUUUAUUUUGUCGAAUUGGAGCAUGGUUAACUAACAGGAACACCGAUGAAACAGAAGAAGUAACUCCAGUAAUUGGAGAUGAAAAUACAGUUAGCUUAACUGAACAGUGCGUAUGCAGAAUUUUGUACCUUAGCAACUAUUACAUUUCAUUAGUCCGACAUAAAUACUAAAAAGUAGUUGAUCACUUAACUGUAUUGUUUGUGCCCAAUGGUGUUUGUUUGAAAUUGUGUGGGGAUCUGAAGUAGAAAUUGUAUUUCAUUGUGUCAGUGCACCACAAGUCAAUUUACUGAUCUCGUUUUAAUGAGUGUAUUUCACGAUGUAUCUCACUAUUAUGUUUUAUGCUAUAGAUA